GCGCUAUAAUUCUCUACAAUAUUUACAAAUAAUCGAGGAGGCCCGCUUACGAUUGGCAAGCGGCUGGAAUUUCACAAUUAUGCUUGCAGUACAGGGUUUUUUUUUUUUGAAAGCCCGCUUGCGCUUGCCUUGAAUUGCCUUGCAGAAACCCAUCUCUGGAAAUUGUAGAAGGAACUGCUCUCAUAUAGAACGCUAGUACUUAGCACUUUAUACUUAACCCGUCUUCUAGAGACCCAACUCUUUCCCCAACACAACAACUUCAUUCAUUAGAAAUGACACUUCUCAACAUUCUCAGCCACCAUUCGUAUACUUAACCUGUACUACCCCGAUUAAGUCGUCGACUUGUGUACGAAGAUCAGUCGCAGUUGCUCUCGAGCCUCAAUUCAGAUCAUUACAACAAUACCUCGUACGCGCACACGGAAAAGUCCUCCGAAAAUGCAUAAGACGGUUUUUGAAAGCUUCAAGAGUGAUCAGGUUACGGAAGAGAUGCUCGAUGAAGCUGCAAAGCUCUUUUCGGAGAAUUACGGCGUUUGGAGUGAGCAUGCGGCAGAGGGAAUGGGAAAGUUUGCUAAAGCGGGUCGUCCCGUUCGGCUAAGCAAAGAAAGACUUCGAAAUGAAUAUCUCCCCAGCGAAACCUCCUCCUACGUUAGAGUCACCGUUAACGAUAAUCUUGCUGGUAAUGCCUUCGCUUGUCGAUGGUCUAUUGAUGGUAGGACUAUUUGCUGGAUCACUCAGUUAGUCGUCCACCACGACUACCGUGAACGAGGGCUUGCUACUAGACUUCUCAACGAGACCAGACUAGAUGGAGACGAUGUCUAUGGUAUCAUGAGUUCCCAUCCAGCUGCUUGUCUAGCCGCGUCAAGAGCGUAUGGACGGCCGAUUGAUACUGCUUCUCUCGAAUUCAUGAAAGAGAACGCGCAAUCGAUCAUGAAAGCGUCGCCAGCAGGCUAUGUUCGGGAUGCCAAGCUACAAGGUUGGCUUUUUGAUUCAGAAGAUACUAGUGGUCUUGUGUCCAGUGUUGAUACUGGAUUUUUUGUUGACCACGAAGAGCCACUUGCAGCUUUAAAAUGGGUGCGGAAGUCGAUGGAAUGGCCUCUGGGUGAACUUCUUGAGGGCCAUGAGUUUAUUCUUAUUCUGCAAGCAAAGCGUCGUUUUCGAUUUAGGUCCGAUUCGUCGCGCCAGAAUGCUAUGUCUUGA